GGUAGACAGUAUUUGCUGUGGAAAUACAGUAUCAGUGAUUGAGUGUAACAUUGGAUGCAAUGAAACACAACAUAUAAUGAAUACAUAUUUAUAUGAUUUGUGACAACAAUUAGUGACCGAAACAUGACUUUAAGGAAAGUUAAGGGAAAUUUUGACCGCAUUUUCGACAAAAAUCUGUCGGAUUUGGUCCGCGGUAUCCGUAAUAACAAGGAUAACGAGAUCAAAGAAGAGUUAAGACAAGAGAGCAUUUCAGUGAAAGCCAAUGCCGUCGCAAAACUCACAUAUCUCCAAAUGAUAGGCUAUGACAUCAGUUGGUCCGCCUUUAACAUCAUUGAAGUGAUGUCUUCGCAAAAGUUCACGUAUAAAAGAAUCGGAUACUUAGCGGCCUCUCAAUGCUUUCACGAGAACACCGAAGUACUUAUGCUGACCACGAAUAUGAUCAGAAAGGACCUGAACAGUCAGAACAUGUAUGACGCCGGCUGUGCGAUGAGUGGUCUCUCGUGUUUCGUCUCCACAGACAUAAGCCGUGAUUUGGCUAAUGAUGUGUUGACUCUCUUGACGUCCACUAAACCAUAUUUACGUAAGAAAGCGGUUCUACUUAUGUAUAAGAUUUUCCUCAAGUUUCCGGAGGCUCUGAAACCCGCGUUUCCGAGACUUAAAGAGAAACUGGAAGAUCCCGACCCCGGUGUUCAAUCGGCGGCAGUGAAUGUAAUCUGUGAGUUGGCCCGAAAGAACCCCAAGAAUUACCUGUCAUUAGCGCCCGUUUUCUUUAAGUUAAUGACAAAUUCGACCAAUAAUUGGAUGUUAAUUAAAAUUAUAAAACUGUUCGGUGCUCUGACCCCACUUGAACCCCGAUUAGGCAGAAAACUGAUAGAACCGCUAACUAAUUUAAUUCACAGCACAUCCGCGAUGUCCUUACUGUACGAAUGCAUCAAUACUGUGAUCGCUGUCUUAAUAUCCAUAUCGAGUGGAUUACCCAAUCAUAACGCCUCGAUUCAGCUCUGCGUUCAGAAACUCCGAAUCCUAAUCGAAGAUUCGGACCAAAACCUGAAAUAUUUAGGUCUUCUGGCGAUGAGUAAGAUCUUGAAGACGCACCCGAAGAGCGUUCAGGCGCACAAAGACCUCGUUCUCACCUGUUUGGACGACAAGGACGAGUCCAUUAGAUUAAGAGCCCUCGACUUGUUGUACGGAAUGGUAACUAAAAAGAACUUAAUGGAAAUCGUUCAGAAAUUAUUGGUUAACGUAAAUGAAAGCCAAAUGGGAAACAAAUACAGGGAUGAAAUCAUUGCAAAACUCAUCGAUAUUUGUUCCCAAAAUGAUUAUCAAUUUAUAACCAAUUUUGAAUGGUAUAUAACAGUUUUGGUUGAAUUAUCUCGUGUGGAAGGGGGGACAGAACACGGAGGUCUUAUCGCUCAACAACUACUAGACGUUGCCAUAAGAGUCGACGCCAUCCGUUCCUUUGUUACGCGACAUAUGGCAAUACUCCUGGAAAACAGUCACUUAUUUAUGAACAAUUCAUCGGUAUGUGAAGUGCUGUACGCGUCCGCCUGGAUAUGCGGCGAAUUCGCUGAUUUCAUUCCGGAACAAACGUCAACACUUAUGCAUUUGUUGACAACCACUGCAUUCCCGGCACAUAUAACCGCUGUAUUCCUUCAAAACGCUUCCAAAAUUCUGUCCAAAAUGUCAAACGAAAAGACCGACGAUUUCUAUAGACUAUGCGAUGAAUUAAUUGAUAAACAUUUACCGCAUUUUCUAACGAAUGAAGAUUUAGAAGUGCAGGAAAGGGCGUCCAGUUUUCUGCAAAUCAUUCAAAUCAUGAAAUCCGAAGACAUAAAUAUGGAACAACUGUUCUUCGCGUAUGCACUCAAUCCAGUGGCCGCUAAAGCACAGCGAAAAGUGCCGAUUCCCGCCGGACUCGAACUCGAUCUGCCAUUCGUUGAGUUCGAUGGCGACGACUCCGAAGACGAAACUAUUGAGGAAAUGAGUUUCGGCGGCGAUGACGAGGAGGAGGAGGAAGAGGUGAUACUGACGGAAGUCCAGAUCCAACACAACAGACAGAUCGCGGACGACAGGAAGGCACAGAUGGAUAAAAAUCCGAAUUACUUGAAGUCGAGCUCAAAAUCAAAGAAGAAAAAGAAAAAUACACGAAAAGAAAGAGACGUAGAAAUGGCUGAAGAAGUGUUGGAAGAGGCGCCAGAAGUGGCGGUCGAUUCUGCGAAACCCGUAAAAAGUAAUGCCAUUCCAGGACUCGUUUCUUCUCAAAAUUAUGUGAAGAAAACCAAACGAAAGAAAACCAAAAAGAAGAGACUCAAAAAGAAGAAGAGCUCCAAAAAAGUGAAACCAAUUGAAGAGAAGAGCGAAAAGAAAACAAAGAAAAAACGAAUUAAAUCAAAAGACAAUCAAGACUUAGAAAACGGAGAGAAUUUAUUAGUGAAUUUGGAUGACAUGGAAGUGAUGACUGAAGUGAUGACUACUGGCGUCAAGAAGAAGACCAAACGACCGAAAAGUCUUGAAUUGAAUGGCGAGAAGAAAAAGAGCAAAAAGAAGGGCAAAUCAAAGAUAACUGUUUUGGAAACGACAGAAUCGACGCCAAAGCGCGACGACUACGAGGAGACGGCAGGUAUAGAGACUCCCAGUCUUUUCGUGCCUUCUUUGCAAUCAGCGAUCGCUUCGGAAACAGCGGCCGAACCG